CGCCGGAGGGCCGAACUCCCACAAUGCACCUUGUAUCAACACGGCACUGGUGGCGGCUUCGAGGAGGGGCAGGGAGCGCCCAGGGGACCGGCACGCAGCCCGAGGGUUAUCAGGCGGGGCCCGGGUGUUGAGGGGCGACUGGCAGCCAUGGCGGAGUCGGAGCCUACUCGGCACAGGAGGAAACGCCGCUCCACACCUUUGACUCCUUCCAUGUUGCCCCCACAAGAGACAGAGAAAAGCUCCUAUUUGCAAACCACAGAGAUCUCACUGUGGACCGUGGUGGCCGCCCUUCAGGCCGUGGAGAAGAAGGUGGAUGCCCAGGCCGCCCGGAUACAGAGCCUGGAGGGGCGGACGGGCACCGCCGAGAAGAAGCUGGCGGACUGCGAGAAGACGGCCGCGGAGUUCGGGAACCAGCUGGAGGGCAAGUGGGCCGUGCUGGGGACCCUGCUGCAGGAGUACGGGCUGCUGCAGAGGCGGCUGGAGAACAUGGAGAACCUGCUGAGAAACAGGAACUUCUGGGUGCUGAGGCUGCCUCCGGACAGCAAGGGGGAGGCCCCCAAGGUGCCCAGGUCACUUGAAAACGAUGGAGGGUGCUUUUCGGAGCAGGAGUGGGAGAAUCUGGAGGACUGGCAGAAGGAGCUUUACAGAAAUGUGAUGAAGAGCAACUACGAGGCCCUGGUCUCUCUGAAGGUUCUUGGCCCGCCAGAAGAAGAAGCGGAGUUGGGUACAGGGAUGCUGGGUGACUUGGAGGAGGAAGGCCCUGGUGAUGUCCACCCAGCAGAAGGGGUUAUGAUCAAGCAGGAGAUACAGUAUACUCAGGAAGGCUCUGCGGAUCUUCCUGGAGAAUUCUCAGGCAUUGCAGAAGAGCACGCUUUCCUGAGCCCAGAACAUACUGAACUCUGGGGUGGUCAGGGUAGUUCUGUCUUCUUGGAUCCAGGCCCUGGAGACACUAAUCUGGAGGAUCCCAUCGAGGGCAGUAGAGACUCUGGCAGUGGCGGCACUCUGGGCUGCCCCCCGAAGCAGGAGCCUAGUAGGCAGGUACAGCUGGAACAGCAGUGUGGCCAGGGCGCAAAGCUGAAAAGGGAUGCUUCUGGCCCUUAUGAAUGCUCCGAGUGCGAGGUCAGCUUCCGCUAUAAGCAGCAGCUAGCCGCGCAUCUGCACACCCACUCUGAGUCGGGCGUGGCCUCGGAGCCAGAGGAGAGCCUGAGACCCAGGCCACGACUUAAGCCCCAGUCCAAGAGGGCAAAGCUGCAUCAGUGUGACGUGUGCAUGCGGAGCUUCAGCUGCAGGGUGAGCCUGGUAAUCCACCAGCGCUGCCACCUGCAGGACGGGCCCAGUGCUGGCCACUCUGUCCAGGAGAGGUUCUCGCCCAACAGCCUGGUUGCCCUGCCCGGCCACAUCCCUUGGAGGAAAAGCCGGAGUUCCCUCCUCUGUGGUUACUGUGGCAAGAGCUUCAGCCACCCGUCUGAUCUGGUGCGGCACCAGCGCAUCCACACGGGCGAGCGGCCCUACAGCUGCUCAGAGUGUGAGAAGAGCUUUGUCCAGAAGCAGCACCUUCUGCAGCACCAGAAGAUCCACCAGCGGGAGCGGGGCGGGCUGACCCUGCAGCCGGGAAGGCCCAACGGCCUGCUUUAAGGGUGCCGGCCCCUCGUCUGUCUGGGGGGCGAAGGGGCUGGCAUCGGUCCCCCUGAAGAGACACCGUGCAGAGUCAGGGACUGACUUCUUCCUGAGGGGAGUCGCGUUGAUUUGCCUUCCCUUGGCCAAGCACCAGGCCGAGCCCAGACACUGUGCUGAAAACUGUGGAGGAGGAGGAGUCGGGGGCCGCGCCUCUCCCUGCCGUCUCUACCCUGCUGUGGAGCUUGCUGUCUCGGGCACCUUCACGUCUCUGGUUUUCUCAUCCGGGCGGAUACUCGUGGGCUGGGGUUGGCCCUCUGACCCUGCAGGGACCGGUGGCUGCUUCUAGGGCCUGUCCCAGCAUCUCAGGUCUUCCCGGGAGGUUGGGUCAGGUCAGUGGAGCGAGCAGGUGGGCGAAAGUGUUCUGGGAAGCAUAUAACCCUCUCUUUCUUCUUCUUUUGUAGUCUCUUUGUUAAUAACAAGUAGAGGACAUAAUUUAAAUGACUGCUUACUCUGUUCUGAAGAAACUUUUUUGGAAUUAGAUUUUAGUUGAUUUAAAAAAAAAUGCAGUCUGACCUUGUUUUCUAAA